AAAUACAGCCACGCAAAGGGCACCAAAACUGGAACAGUUUAUUCGUUUAGGAACUAUAAUAAUGACACUAAUUAAUCUCAUUUAAUCCGAACACCUCCGGCAAACCCAUCUUCUGCGACAGUUUCUAGUUCUGUCCGAGAUGACCGGAGAAGAAACUCCGUUACCUACUUCCGAUGAUCACGGAGCACCGCUUCUCCCUGUUCACGAGGCGGUGGAAGGAACACAGAGCAUUGUCUCCUUCACCAUGAAAUCAAUUCUAACACUAGAAAACUUCUAUGUCCUUUUGGGACCUUUGUUGACCCUUCUCAUAUGCCUCUUCGUGAAGCUCGAACCUCCCAAUAGCCAGAAAAUGCUUGGCGUGGCAGCUUGGGUGUUCACGUGGUGGAUAACGCAAGCCGUGCCGCUUCCGGUGACCUCCCUGUGUCCUUUGUUUCUCUUCCCCAUGUUCGGAAUUGCUUCAGCUGAUAGCGUGGCGCACUCCUACAUGAACGAUCUCGUCACGCUCAUUUUGGGAAGCUUCAUUCUCGCUCUCGCCGUGGAACGAUACAACGUUCACCGGAGACUGGCCUUGAAUGUAACUUUGCUGUUUUGUACCGAUCCGGUGAAUCCGGCGCUGCUAUUGUUGGGGCUAUGUGCGACGAUCUUCUUGGUGAGCAUGUGGCUACUGAACGUGCCCACGGCGGUGAUGAUGAUGUCGGUGGUGACGGGGAUGUUGCAGCGGCUGCCGCCGAUGCAGGAGCAGUCGGAGGAGGUGAGAAAGUUCUGCAAGGCGGUGAUUCUGACGGUGGUUUACGCGACGCCGAUCGGAGGGAUGAGCACCUUGACGGGUACGGGUGUGAACUUGAUAAUAAUUGGGAUGUGGAAGAGUCUGUUUCCUGAGGGAAAAGCAAUAAGCUUCAACACAUGGUUCUUCUUCGGAUUCCCCGUGGCUAUCCUCAUUCUGAUUUGUUUUUGGUGCAUUCUCUGCCUCCUCUAUCUGUCUAAAGGAACUUCUCGCGCUUUGUCUUCUUAUUUGGGUAAAGUUCAUCUGAGAAGAGACCUCGAAGAUCUUGGUCCCACGACUUUUGCUGAGAAAAUGGUGUUGUCUAUAUCUGGGUUGCUUAUAAUAUUAUGGAUGACAAGAAGAAUCACUGACGACAUUCCUGGAUGGGGGGUUUUAUUCCAUGGACUUGUUGGAGAUGGAUGUGUCAGUGUUAUGGUGGCUGUCUUACUGUUCAUAAUCCCAAACAUGAAGCGAGAAGGGGAAAAGCUAAUGAGCUGGAAUGACUGCAAAAAGUUACCUUGGAGCCUCGUUUUGCUUCUAGGAGCUGGUUUUGCCGUUGCCGAUGGAGUACAAUCUAGUGGCUUAGCGGAUGUGUUAUCAGGGUUCUUGAAUUGCUUGCAAGACACUCCAUACAUGGCCAUUGUUCCUGCUGUUUGUGUAAUAUGUAGCAUUAUUACUGAGUUCAUCACCUCUAAUGCGGCUACUGCAACUCUUGUUGUCCCACUUCUUUAUCAAAUAGCCAUAACUAUGCAUCUGCAUCCACUCAUGCUCAUUAUCCCCGGAGGAAUAGCAACAGAGUUUGCUUUCUGGCUUCCAACUUCAACGCCCUCAAAUGCACUUGGAAUCGCUACUGGACACAGAAAUUAAAGACAUGCUCAAAGUAGGUGUGCCACUCAAGGUGGCUGGGAUUGUUGUCUUGUCUCUUCUCAUGCCGUCACUAGGAACUAUUGUUUUUGGAAUACAUAACGAUACUCGUGAACAACUGAUAUUGAUGAAGGAAAACUCUUGGUUAGUAGCAAAUUGAUUGCUUCAUCCACUUCUACUUUGUUUUGUAAAUUUUGAUUGAGUCUGUUAUCAUUCCCAAAACACUAUUACAUCAUUACAUGUGCAAUGAUGUCUUGUACUAUAUUUAUCAAAUGGGUAAUAAUAUAUUUUUCAUCCA